AGUAUUUUGCAGCAUUCCAAGCAAACUGCAAGCGCGCAUUCCGCCUUUUUUCUUCUUUCGAGCAUGGCUUCCAAUUAUUGCACCACCCCACCUCCAGAUGACAACCAUGAGCUGAGUCAUAGUGUUUUAGAAAUCGAAAACCCAUCCCCAUCAGAAGUUAAGACGAGUUUUAGGGAAAUGCAAAACCAGGGAGAAGGAAAUCACGGCCUUACAGACCAAACCCAUUCCAGCAGGAGAGGGGUUUUUCUGACUUGGAACGACUUAUGGGUCACGGUCUCCAAUGGGAAAAAAGGUAGCAGAUGCAUCCUUCAAGGGCUGACGGGCUAUGCCCGUCCCGGUGAACUUUUAGCCAUUAUGGGUCCUUCUGGCUGCGGCAAAUCAACACUUCUUGAUGCAUUAGCAGGAAGGCUGGACUCGAACACAGGGCAGAGCGGUGAUAUCUUGAUCAAUGGUCGUAGACAAGCACUGGCCUACGGAACUUCUGCCUAUGUGACUCAAGAUGACGCAUUGAUUGCCACCUUAACCGUAAAAGAGGCAGUGUACUAUUCUGCUCAACUUCAGCUGCCAAAUUCCAUGCCCAAGUCGGAGAAAAAAGAGAGAGCUGAAAUGACCAUAAGAGAGAUGGGGUUGCAAGAUGCAAUGAACACGAGAGUCGGAGGAUGGGGGCAAAAGGGACUUAGCGGUGGACAAAAGAGGAGACUCAGCAUUUGCAUCGAGAUACUGACUCGCCCAAAGCUUCUCUUCCUUGAUGAACCAACGAGCGGACUUGACAGUGCCGCUUCAUAUUAUGUUAUGAGCAGAAUUGCCAGACAGCGGGCAGGAAAGACCAUUUUAGCAUCCAUUCAUCAGCCAAGUGCUGAAGUUUUCAGCCUAUUUCAGAACGUCUGUCUAUUGUCUUCGGGAAGAACUAUAUAUUUUGGCCCAACGAAUGCAGCCAAUGGGUUUUUUGCAUCGAAUGGUUUUCCCUGCCCAACUCUUCAAAAUCCAUCUGAUCACUUCCUGAAGACUAUAAACACCGACUUUGAUGAGGAUAUCGAAGAGGGCUCAACUGGAAAGAUGCGAACGGAGGAAGUCAUCAGCAUUCUUAUUGAGUCCUAUAAAUCAUCCAUUAACUACCAAGAAGUUCAGAGGCAGGUUGAUGAAAUAUGCAGUGAUAAUGGGGAAGAACUAGAGAAAAGGAGAGACAAUGCCAACUUCAUCAGUCAAUGCAGCGUUCUGACAAGAAGAUCAUCCGUAAACAUGUUUAGAGAUCUUGGAUAUUACUGGAUGCGCCUGGUAGUCUACACCGUAAUGGCUCUUGGGAUCGGAACCAUCUAUUACGAUGUUGGCAGUGGCAAAAGCUAUAAUUCCAUUCAGGCAAGAGGUUCAAUGCUCAUGUUUGUGGCUUCAUUCCUAACUUUCAUGGCUAUAGGUGGAUUCCCUUCAUUCGUAGAGGAAAUGAAGGUGUUUCAACGAGAAAGAUUGAAUGGCCACUAUGGUUCGAGUGCUUUUGUUAUUGGCAACAUUGUGUCUGCACUGCCAUACUUGCUACUAGUUUCGCUGAUUCCAGGAUCGAUCGCUUAUUAUCUUGCUGGACUUGAGAAAGGAGUUGGACCUGGAGAAGGAUUUGAACAUUUUAUUUAUUUCUGUACCAUUCUCUUCGUUUCCAUGAUGUUGGUUGAGAGCCUGAUGAUGAUUGUUGCAAGCGUUGUCCCUAAUUUCCUCAUGGGAAUCAUAGUUGGUGCCGGAAUCCAAGGCCUGAUGGUUCUAAGCGGCGGGUUCUUCCGCUAUCCAAACGAUUUGCCAGCACCAUUCUGGAAAUACCCACUCUACUACAUUGCCUUCCACAAGUAUGCAUAUCAAGGUCUAUACAAGAGUGAGUUCGAAGGCCGAACCUUUUACCGUCCUGGAGAAAACCUUCCAACGCUCAGCGGUGAAAGCAUCUUGCGAAAUACUUGGCAAGUUGAAAUGACGUACUCCAAGUGGGUAGACGUUGCCAUUUUGUUUGGAAUGGUUGUUGUAUAUCGCUCGCUCUUCUGGCUUAUUGUCAAGGUUGGUGAAAAGGUUAGGCCUGUUUUAAGAGCAUUGACGUCUGUUCAACCACAACAGGCCAGGCAAGUGAUGGCAGCAAAUGAUCCGGCGGAGCUUCUACAGUGAAUGGCGCACGAAUCAAUGAAAUCCCUCUUAGCCAGAUCUAGCUAGAUGCCAUCUAUAGGAUAAAGUAGCAACUGAGCAAAAUUUGUACCACGAUAAUGAGUCCAUGAAAUAGCAGGUGCGUGCUCAAUUAUUGCCUUGUGCUACUUUGUUUC